AUGGCGGACCAGGACGAAGAGAUCCCAAGAAGACCUGUCAACAGCAGAACAAGCAAGAAGGAAGGGCGCUCAGCCUCGGAAUCUCAAAAGACGGCCAAGGCCCCUGAGAAAGUAGCCGAGCGCCAGACUACCGCACCCCAAGGAACCGUCCCACCAACGAUUCAGCAUUGUCCUUACCCUACAACACUGGACCUCCGGUCGCCUGCCGCACCACGAGUUCGUCCGCCAGGGGCUUUUCCAGAUUCAUCCCGACUGGGUCCUACCUCUCCAGAGAUCCUCCCUCACGGUAGUCAGACACUUGCAAAUGAACCCGAUCGGUUGAACAUGGAGACCGAGGGUCAAGGAGAAAGAAUAGAAGACGGCCAAAGUAUAACAGUCAAUCAGAGGCAAGGCCCCGAUCUCAAUUUUCUCGUUCAGCACUCAACCACGGCAGAGGGACAACAAGUUUUAGUCGAUCAGCUUCCGGCAGGCCUGAUUUCCUCACCACUCAAGAACCUGAGCGAUUAUGAGAACUUCCUUGUCGAUCAUCCGAACACUACGUGUGAAUUCGCCAGCCAAGCACUCAGCAAGAUCGUUUGGCUCACAGACCAGGUCACGGAGCGUCAGAAUGAGCUGACAAAACUACUGUUGACGCUGAAACACGAUAUGAAUUCUCUACGUCAAGGUCUGAGAUUCUGGACGCGGUCAUAUCGAAAAAACAAACAAACAUAUCGCGGUUCGGCGCCUGGACAUGUUGCUAUACAACGCUAUUGUCAGGUGCCGAACCGUGAUAGGAAGCGGAAGGCAGCUGGAGGAUUGUGCUAUCGCGUCCGUCCUCCUGCUGCCUCUGACUCUGACUCUCACGGAGUGUCACAAACAGAGCAGAAGAGCACGUGA